AUGUCACCACAAACAGAGACUAAAGCAAGUGUUGGGUUCAAAGCCGGUGUUAAAGAUUAUAAAUUGACUUAUUAUACUCCCGACUAUGAAACCAAAGAUACCGAUAUCUUGGCAGCAUUUCGAGUAACUCCUCAACCUGGAGUUCCACCCGAAGAAGCAGUGUGCCGUGUAGCCGAAUCUUCGAUCGGUACAUGGACAACCGUGUGGACCGAUGGGCUUACCAGCCUUGAUCGGUACAAAGGACGAUGCUAUCACAUCGAGCCUGUUGCUGGGGAAGAAAAUCAAUAUAUUGCUUACGUAGCUUAUCCCUUAGACCUUUUUGAAGAAGGUUCUGUUACUAACAUGUUUACUUCUAUUGUCGGUAAUGUAUUUGGGUUCAAGGCACUGCGUGCUCUACGUCUGGAGGAUUUGCGAAUCCCAACUUCUUAUAUUAAAACUUUCCAAGGUCCGCCUCAUGGCAUCCAAGUUGAGAGAGAUAAAUUGAACAAGUAUGGUCGUCCCCUAUUAGGAUGUACUAUUAAACCUAAAUUGGGGUUAUCCGCUAAGAAUUAUGGUAGAGCGGUUUAUGAAUGUCUUCGUGGGGGACUUGAUUUUACCAAAGAUGAUGAAAAUGGGGAUUCACUUCAAAUACUAGCUUGGCUCAUUAUUGCCGGGAUAAUGGUCUACUCCUUCAUAUACAUCGUGCAAUGCAUGCAGCUUAUCGAUGGACAAAAGAAUCAUGGUAUGCACUUUCGUGUACUAGCUAAAGCAUUACGUUUGUCCGGUGGAGAUCAUGUUCACUCCUGCAUCGUAGUAGGUAAACUUGAAGGGGAAAGAGAAAUCACUUUAGGUUUUGUUGAUUUAUCGCGUGAUGAUUUUAUUGAAAAAGAUCGAAGUCGCGGUAUUUAUUUCACUCAGGAUUGGGUUUCUCUACCAGGUGUUCUCGCCUGUUGCUUCGGAGGUAUUCAUGUUUGGCAUAUGCCUCGCUUCCGACCGAAAUCUUUGGAGAUGAUUCCGUACUUCAAUUUGGUGGAGGAACUUUAG